AUGGACAACGUUCUGAAUAUUCCGCUCGAUGAUCCUGAAAAGGAAGCCGAGAAGGCGUUAUUGUAUCGAGUGGUUGAAGUAGGCGAUGAAUCAGAGCCAUUCACUGAUGAAGUUGCAAAUGCAGUCAUCUCGUUAUGGAACGACAGCGCAGUUAAAAAGGCUUACGAUAUGCGCAGCGAAUAUCAAUUGAACGAUUCGGCUAAAUAUUUUUUGGAUUCUGUGGCACGAAUCAAUGAACCCGGUUAUCGACCCACCGAGCAAGACAUUCUCUACAGUCGAGUUGCUACCACUGGUGUUGUUGAGGUGAAAUUCAAAAUCAAAGAACUCGACUUCAGAGUUUUUGACGUUGGUGGGCAACGAUCAGAACGUCGUAAAUGGAUCCACUGUUUUGACAAUGUGGAAUCAAUCAUUUUCAUCACAGCGAUCAGUGAAUAUGAUCAAGUGCUAUUCGAGGAUGAAACUACGAAUCGAAUGAUUGAAUCGAUGCAACUGUUCUCGUCCAUAUGUAACAGUACGUGGUUUCUAUCAACCGCGAUGAUUUUAUUCUUGAAUAAGAAAGAUUUAUUCAUGGAGAAAAUCCAGAGAGUUAACAUUACCACUGCAUUUCCAGAUUAUGAAGGAGGUCAGAAUUACGACGAAGCUGUAAACUAUAUUAAGUUGAAGUUCAGUGAGCUCAAUUUGAAUCCUGACAAGAAGACGAUAUAUAUGCAUGAAACGUGCGCAACAGAUACGAAUCAGGUUCAACUUGUUAUAACGAGUGUAAUCGAUACGAUCAUACAGAAGAAUUUGCAGAAAGCGGGAAUGAUGUAA